UCUCUCUCUCUCUCUCUCCUCCUCACUUAACUCCCUUCGUCUGCAUGAAAUCGGAAACCGCUCAUUGUUCUUCCGUUUCUCUCUCUGUCUCUGUCUCUUCACGGCGGUGAACAUGGUUCGAUGAUUCUCUCCUGCGGCCUGUCUUCCCCUGCAUUCCUCAAGCUCUCGCCCGCGGGACUCCGACUAGCUUCAGUCCUCUCUCAGUAUGGGGGCCACGAAUUCUAAGGUCGAGGAAGAUAAGGCCUUGCAGCUAUGCCGGGAAAGGAGGAAGUUUGUUAGGCAAGCCCUUGACGGUAGGUGCUCUCUUGCAGCGGCUCAUGUCAUGUACAUUCAGGCACUAAGGAACACAGGAACUGCUCUUGGGAAAUUUGUUGAACCUGAUGCCCAUGUGGAAUCAUCUUUGUAUGCAUCAACGAGUGCAACACCGGAGCCACUUCCAUUGAUGGAGAAGUCCCUUUCACAUUUUUCAUUCUCCUCUGCAUCAUUUUCGCAUCGUGUAGAUGCAGCUUAUACUCUUUCUCCAUCUCCAUCUCCUCCUCCUACCUCUACCAUUUAUCAUGCGAAUCAGAUGAAAUUCACGGGUAGCUAUUCUAGAGAAGUUCAAGAAAAGUUAAUAUCACCUACCACAGGGACAAUGACUUUUUCUAGUACCCCACGGAAUGCUACACCAGAUUCCACUGAAAAACCACAAGCAUCAGCAUUUGAAGACUCUCCCAUUCCACCUGGAGCGCCACAAUGGGAUUUCUUUGGUUUAUUCCAUCCAAUCGACCAUCAAUUUUCUUCUCAAGAGGGGAAGCGUAUGAACCAGGGGUUUGAAGAUGCUGAUGACAUUAAAAGGCUUAGGGAGGAGGAGGGGAUACCCGAGUUGGAAGAUGAUGACGAGAAGGGUUCUAUAGACAGAACUGAAGAAUUUCAGGAUUCGGAUGAUGAAUUUGAUGAGCCUUCCACAGAGACCCUGGUUCGCAGAUUUGAAAAUGUCAAUCGGAUAAAUGAUGAAUCCAUGUCUAGUCCCCCUCCUACUUUGCCUUCAGUGAGAAGUGCAACUUCAGAAGGUGAAUUUGUGAAUGGAGACAAAGGCGAGUGUCCUGAUGUGUCAUCACAAAGGGGCAAAUCAGCUGCCGUUGCUCCAUCAUCUGAGACAAAGAGAACUCCUGUGAAAGACAACUGUGACGAACAGAAGGUUACAGCAAAGGACUUCUCUUCAAGCAUCAAAGAUAUCGGAUGUCUUUUCAUAAAAGCAUCAGAAUCUGGGAGAGAAGUUCCAAGAAAGCUAGAAGCCAACGAGUUGCAUUUUCGCCCAAUGUUUCCGGGGAAAGAACGUGCACCAGUCAUUUCUGUCUACCUUAGGGCAUGUUUUUCUUGCGGGGAGGGUCGUCGGCAAGUUCAAGAAGAGCCUGUUCAAGCGGCAAUGAAGUACUUAACAUGGCAUAGGACGGGAUCAUCUCGCUCUUCUUCAUCAAGGAAUCCUUCAGGAUUAAAUUUAAAGGAUGAUACUGAGGAGCUUAAUGGCAAUUACAUCGGCAGUUUCUGUAUGAUAUCUGGAAGCCAUGCCUCGACCUUGGAUAGGCUAUAUGCCUGGGAGAGGAAGCUCUAUGAUGAAGUCAAGGCUUGUGAUGAGAUCAGGAGGGAUUAUGAUGUCAAAUGUAAACUUUUGAGGCAAUUGGAAUCAAAAGGGCAUCUGGAUUCAAAGGAAAGAACUGAAAGAAUUGGUAAAACUCGUGCUUCCAUCAAGGAUCUACACUCGAGGGUCAUAGUUGCCAUUCACAGAAUUGACUCCAUCUCAAAGAGACUAGAAGAACUCCGGGACAAAGAGCUUCAACCUCAGCUGGAAGAGUUGAUUGAAGGGUUAGGUCGGAUGUGGGAAGUCAUGUUUGAGUGUCACAAGCUUCAGUUCAACAUAAUCUCAGUAGCUUACAGCAGCAGCAACACUAAAAUCCCAGUGUACUCUGAAGGACAUCGGCAGAUAACCCUCCAUCUUGAAAAUGAACUGAGUUCACUAUCUUCAAGUUUUACAAAGUGGAUUGGAGCCCAGAAGACGUACUUGGAGGCCAUAAACAAUUGGCUCGGGAAGUGCAUCUUGCUUCCCCAAAAACCUCCCGAGAGGAAAAGGUGGAAGCCGCGACGGCCUCUGUGGAGCUGUGGGCCACCAAUCUAUGCCACUUGUGAACUGUGGCUGCAGAAGCUGGAGGCUUUGCCUUCCAAGGAUGUGGCAGAGUCAGUUAAAGGUUUAGCGGCAGAAAUUCACCAGUUUUUACCACGUCAAGAAAGGAACCAAGGAAAGAACGCGAAACAUCCUCGAACACCACCAACACCCUGGGAAGGUGGAAAUGGGGCUGAUUUGGAGGUUAACACAUUGAGAGAUUACGCCUCGGAGGACUGGACUACAGGUGUUGACCGCUUCCGGUCGAGCUUGGUUGGAUUUCUUGGUAAGUUGAACAAGUACGCAGAGUCAUCUGUCGAUAUGUACACGUCCCUUGAAAAGGCCAUCCAAGAAUCCAAGAGUAAUUAUGAUAAGUUGAAGUCCCAAGCAUGAGGGUGUUAUCAGGAUUUGCCAUGUUGUGGCAGGAAAUAAAAAGGGUCUACAGAAAUUUGUAUGUUGAGAUGUUUAUAGACAGGGUGGUAGGUUUACAUUACGGCUCUAGCUAGGAUGCUGUCGACCGAAAGAGAGAUUCGCCAAUAGAGCUUCCUGUAUAUUGUUUUUGUUAACUUGAUAAAGUUAUAAUAAAAUCUUUACAGUUGGCUA